AUGAGCAUGGACAUUAUGGGCGGCGCCGCCCCAACAGAGGACGACUUCACUAAAUUGUCAAUAGAGGAACGACUCUCCUCCAAAUUAUGGAAAGCACGCGUCUCCGCUUAUGAGGACCUCACCAAAGCUUUCCCAAAAACCUCAUCUGAAAACGACCCCAUCUUUCGCCAGUAUACCCGCAAUCCGGACAUCUUGAAAGCCAUCGUAGUCGACAGCAAUGCGGUUGCGCAGGAGAAGGGUGUGGACGCUGUCCGCGCUUUUGUCGAGUUCGGCGGACAGGCUGCCGGCAAGACAAGGGAAGUCGUCGUUCCCGCUCUCGUCGAAAAGUGCCUUGGCUCCACCCGAGCCGGCACAAAGAAGAAUGCGCUCGAGCUCAUCUCGUUCUAUGCAGAGAUGGAGGACGUAGUCGGUUGCGAAAGCCUCCUUUCGGACCUGCUUGACGGCCUCAAAGCUAAGCAACCCAAAGUCGUGGCUGGCUGCAUCACCGCCAUCAAGGACCUCGUCUGCGAUUUCGGUCACAAGCAAGUCUCACCAAAACCCAUCCUCAAGCGUCUUCCAGACAUGUUCGCACACUCGGAUAAGAACGUCCGAGCGGAGGCAUCGCUCCUCGCACACGAGCUUCACAAAUACAUUGGCGCAGCACUCGAACCCACCAUCGACUCGCUCAAGGACAUCCAGGCCAAAGAGCUCCGCCAGCAAUUUGCAGACAUUGACGCAGCAUCACCGUCCAAGCCCACACCGACACGCUUCCUGCUCAGCCAGCGCGAAAAGAUGCAAGCCGCAGCAGCUGCGCCCGUGUCGCAAUUGGGACCUGCUGAUACACCCGGCGCGUCAGUCUCACAUGCCGCUGCCCAAGAAGAGGACGAUGACGUGGAUCCGUACGACCUCGCUGAACCAGUCAAUGUCUUUGGCAGUCGCGAGUUCCCCGCCGACUUUGAAGAGAUGGUCAACUCGAAAAAAUGGCAGGAACGCAAAGAGACGCUCGAGACCAUUCUCAAAAUUCUCAACUCGUCGCCCAAAGUUCAGCCAGACAGCCGCUUCGACGGCCUCGUUGACCAUCUCGCGCUCAAGAUCCAGAAAGACGCCAACAUCAAUGUCGUUCUCGUCUCGUGCCAGUGUCUCGAGGCAAUGGCUAAAGGGCUUAGAGACAACUUCUCCCGCUACAAGGACAAGGUCGUGCCGCCCAUCAUCGAGAAGCUCAAAGAAAAGAAGCAGUCCACCGUCGAAGUGCUUGCCAAGGCGUUGGAUGCUAUCUUCCAGACCGUCUCCUUCUCCGAGAUCCUCGAGCACAUCUUUACCGGCGUCAAGCACAAGAACCCUGCUGUCAAGACCGAAUCGAUCCGCUUCCUCGUCCGUUGUCUUCGCACUACCAAGGUGGCGCCCGCCAAAGGCGAUAUCAAGCCGAUCGGCGACGCCCUCGUCACUGCAAUGGCAGACGGAUCUCCCGACGUACGUGACGCAGGAGCUGCCGGUCUUGGUACUCUGAUGAAGCUCAUCGGCGAGCGACCCAUGAACAUCUUCCUCGACGGUCUUGAUGACAUCAAGAAGGGCAAGGUUCAGGACGAGUACAAAACAGCCGAGGUCAAGGUCAAGAUGGGCUCUGCGGCAGGCGCAGCACCAUCUGCGUCUAGCGCACCAGCGAGGAGACCGCCCGCCGCCGCAUCUGCCGUGGCCAACCGCGCAGCGCCGCCCGCCGCCGUACGGGCCAAGCCACCAUCGGCUGCACCUGCGCCAGCCGCGGGCAAGGAGAACCAAGCGCCAAGACCGGUCGCUCGUCCACCGAUGGGCGCGGCAGCCCGACCUAUUGGCGCCCGACCCGCCGCCCCUGCGAGUGCGCCAAUCAGGAGACCGGCAGCAGCGACCUCAUCCGCUCCCGCUGCUCGCCCCGCGGCAGCAGCUGCUGGUGGUGGCGGCAAAGGAGCAGCAUCCGCUACCGAGCCAGUCAAGUAUCGAUUCCAUCCCGACGAUGCCGAAGCACGAGCCGCCGACCUGAUCCCAGCUGGAAUUGCAACACAGCUGGCUAGCGGCGCAUGGAAGGAGCGUCUUGCUGGCAUGGCCGACUUCAACGAUUGGCUCAAGGUAGAGGCCGAGACCGUCGAAUCUGAAAUCAUUGUUCGCGCCCUGGGCAAGAAGCCCGGGUGGAAGGAGAGCAAUUUCCAGGUCAUGGCAGAAGUCUACAAGGCGCUUCAAUUGCUCGCCAACGACUGCCCUACCUUUGGUCGCCCAUCUGUAGCGCUGUCUGUCCAGCCACUUUGCGACAAGCUCGGCGACAUCAAGCUCAAGACACCUGCUGGCGAGACGCUCGUGACGUUCGCAGAGAAAACCUCCUUCGGCUUCCUGCUCGCGCAAGCACUAGGCCCGCUCGGCGCCCUCAAGGCACCAAAGGCGAUCGCGGACUCAAUCUUGUGGGUCGAUCAAACGCUGCUCGAAUUCGGCACGGCAGGAGUCGACGUACGCUCCUUGAUCGACUACCUCGUCAACUGCCUCAAGUCGGCCAACGCGGCUGUGCGAACCAACGCCACCAAAGCGAUCGGCACCCUGGCGCGCUUCCUCGGCACCGCACUCAACUCCUUCGUUGCAGACCUCAACCCGCAACUUCGCACUACUAUUGAAGCAGAGAUCGAGAAGGCCGCCUCCAACCCACCGCCUGCGCCAACUCGCUUCAGCGAAGAGACGAAAGCACCGGCCGGCAAGGCUGGAGCGGGUGGUGCGGGAGCAGCAGGAGCGGCCUCGGGAUCCGCAGCACAAGUCAAUGGCGUUGACGAGGACAUGCUGGAUGAGCUGGUCCCGCGAGUCGAUCUGGACCGACUUGUGCCCGCCACCGCCAUCGCACGAAUGGGCGAUGCAAACUGGAAGGAGCGCAAGGAGGGUCUCGAGGAGGUCCUCGCCGUCGUCACCGCGAAUACCCGCUUGAAAGGCACCAUGGCCGAGCUCGCCAAUGCGCUCAAGAUGCGAUGCUCCGACAGCAACAUUAUGUGCAAGUCCAUGGCGCUCGAUGCCAUUGCCAAGAUCGCGACGGGUAUGAACAAGCACUUUGAGCCGCAGGCUCGCCUUCUCGCUGGACCCAUCACGCAGGUGCUCGCCGACGCAAAAGCUCCCGUGCGAGCCUCCGCAACCACGGCGCUGACCGCCAUCGCUGAGCAGGUCGGCGCUGGCCCGCUGCUUCCGGGUAUCGCCACGGUCGUCGAAAGCAAGACAGCCAACCCCAUGCUCAAGCAGGAGAUCUUCGCCUGGAUGGCCAACUGGUUCGAAUCGCAUCCGCCGGAGAAGGGCAUGGAGCUGGCGCCGCUUGCCUUGCCAUGUGUGCAGUGCCUCGACGACAAGCUCGCCGCGGUUCGCAAAGCUUCUCUAGCAUGCUUGCCCUUCAUCAUCAUGCGAGCUGGCUACAAGCAUGUCAUCGAGCAGGCCAACCAGCUCAAGACUGCCUCCAAGAACACCGCUAUUCCUCUGAUUGAUGCUGCCAAGGUGCAAGCGCAGGCAGCGGCCCGAGCUGCAGGUGCCGCUCCAGCAGCUUCCCCAGCAGCACCCACUUCGGCGCCUGCUCCUGCUGCUCGCGCUCUUGCGGCAAGUGCACGAGGCGCUGCUGCCUCGCCUGCCAGAGCUGCACCUGCUGCCGUCCCAGCAUCGCCUCGCGCCUCGACGAUUGCUCGUCCAGGCGGCAUCAAGCCACCCACCGCGGUGGGACGUUCACUCAAGGCGCCGUCCUCGAGCAUUGCACGCCAGCCUCGCCUAGCUUCGGACGGCAGCGACGGCACCACUGCAUCGCGAAGCGCCUCGGCUUCUGCGAACGGUGCAGCAAGCCAAGCUGGUAGUGCUGCGGACCGUUCUGCGCCCCUGAUUUCGGCGGAUAUCAAGGCGAAAGCGAUGCGUGAAAAGCGCGAAGGCAAGGCCGCCAACUGGAUUGCCGCCGACGGUGCACCGCGUCCCGAGCUCGUCGAAGUUCUUCGUCAGCAGUGCGACGGUCAGCUCAGCCGCGGCGUCACUGACUCGAUGUUCAGCAAGAGCCAUUCGUCAGAGAAGGACUUCUACGCCGCAUUGACGCUGCUGUCCGACUUCAUCUCGAGUCCCACAUUCGCAGAAGAGCAGUACGGACUGUCGCCAGAAGAGACUGUCGAACGCACGAUUGCCAAUUCGGAUCUCAUCUUCAAGUACGUCUCAAUCCGACUCACGGACAACAACACGAGCUUGUCGCUCAAGUGUCUCGACAUUCUCGAACAUCUCGUUGCGCUGCUCAGCACGCAGCAAUUCCACAUGAGCGACUACGAAGCCGCCUGCAUUCUGCCCUGCCUCACUGCCAAGUUUGGUGAUGCCAAGGUCGCCUUCCGAGAUCGCAUCCGCGAGAUCUUCCGCAAGAUGACCUUCAUCUUCCCGCCGAGCAAGCUGCUCACCAGCUACCUCGAGAACGGCCUGCCGUCGAAGAAUGCGCGCGUCCGCACCGAGUGCUUGAGCGAAGGCGGCUAUCUGUUUUCCAAGAAUGGCCUUCAGGUGUGUUCGCCCUCGCGGACCUUGCCUGUCAUUGCCAAGCAGAUCAGCGAUCGAGACGCCAACGUCCGUACAGCUGCGCUUUCGACCAUCGGCGAGGCGUACAAGAUCAUCGGUGACGAGGUCUACAAGCUGGUUGGCGCUUUGCCAGGCAAAGAGAUGUCGAUGCUCGAAGAGAGGCUCAAGCGAACGACGGCGCCGUCAGCUUCCGGCGCAGCGACGGCAAAGCCCGCGGUUGCGCCUGCUGCUGGCCGUGCCGUACCACGCGCAUCCGUUGUGCCCUCUUCUGCGGCACCUCCGUCUUCUCCAGCGCGAAGCUCUGCAGGAGCCCCUUCCUCUCGACUCGCACGACCUGGCUCGACAUUGCCACAGGCAGCAGCUCCAUCUGCUGGCGUCAGAAGCCGUCUGCCGGCUCCAGGCGCCGGUCGCCGCGAAUCUGCGAUUGGUCUGCCCCGUCCCGCAGCGUCGUCGAGCGGUCUUGGCUCGCCUCGAGCAUCUGGUGUGCAGGCCCCUCGUGACAUCACCCGUCCAGCCCCUAUCGCGGUCCCGGCUCGCGACGAGCUACUAGCCGACGAGCUCCCCGACGACGAGGACGAAGAGCUUUCCGUCGAUCAGGCGAUCAACCUGGUCGUAAGCAACAACGUCGAGCAGAGCGUUCUCGCGCUCAAACACGUCGAAGCGUUCAUUCGAGAGGAGGAGCCUCAGCUGAUUUCGCACGUCGACCAGCUGGCCAUCGUGCUGAGCAAGCAGAUGCAGCGCGCCUUCACUCCCGAGUCUGGCGUGUCGGGCAACGAGCGUCUCAAGAAGCACCUGCUGGUCGUGAGCACGUCCCUGUUCGACAAGACUCGGGUCUGGGAAGAUGGACGCACGCUCGGAUCGUACCUGUCUCGCUCGGCCCUGAUCCCGCUUUUGACGGUCCUGCUGCAGCUGCUGAUCCAGUCGACCUCGCGCACCGACGAUCCGACGGCGCAGAACGAGUCCAAAUUCCUCAACGUGAUCGUGCUCCGCUGCUUCUCGGCAUGCAACCUCAACCUCCUCUACGGUGCAUGCCUCCAGAUGCUGACGGAAGCCACCGAGGACUUGCGCGAGCUGGAAGGCGAACUGCUCGAGACACGAUCCAAGUUCUCCGAGCUGCUGGUCAAGUGCUUGUGGAAGAUCGCCAAGCGUCUCGAGGACAGUCUAUCCCAGGGCCAGGUGGAGCCGCAGCAGCUCUUCGCAGAUGUCGAAAGCUUCCUCCAGGCGAUCGCGCCGUCGGAAUGGCGUCAGCGAGCCCAAGACGGCGUUCCGCUCGCCGAUUUGCCCUUGCGCACGGUCAAGAUCAUCCUCUCGCACACGUCGAACCACUUUGGCGAGGAGGCGCUGAGCAUGCUCGACAUGAUCCCGCAGCCCGAGAACAGCUACGUGUACAAGUACCUCAUUCGGAUGCUCAACACGGCUGCCGAGGGAAGCGCAGCGGACACGGCGGCAGUGGCGGAUGUGGACGGCGAUGCGGUAGCCAAGCCGAGGUCCGGUAGCAACGGUGCAGCGCACGAGCGAACCAACAGCCAGAACGGCAACGGCAACGGCAGCGUCGCCGAUGAGGCGAGCAGCACGCACCACGCCGAGCUGCGAGACAUCUUCCAACGCAUCUCGAACAAGUCCGAGUCACGACAGGGCAUUCGAGAGCUGUACGAGUUCCAGAAGCGAAACCCGCACCUGGAGAAGCAUGUGGAGAACUCGCUGCAAAAGACGGGCCCGAUUUUCCAGAGGUUUAUCAAGCGGGCGCUGGCGAACCACGCUGCGGAGGAUCCGGAUGUCAUCAACGGUGAUGGUGCCGAUGCUGGGGUGGCGGGUGGGGAGGAGAUCAAGCGUGUCAGUACGCCGUCUGGGGGUAGUGCGAGUGGAAGAGGCACACCUGGCACGCCCAGGUCGAGUAAGGGUCCUGCAGGGACCGGGGCAGACGGGUCCAUGGGCAGCCCGACCAGCUCAUCAGCUACCCAGUCGCCAAGGGGAUCAUCGAUUCGCAGCUCGGCUGCGGACGAUCGUCUUGCCCAGCUGAGGGCCAAGUUCUCGCAAUAG